UCUCGAACGAAAACAGCUUGCUACCGUGCGUCUCUGUUAGACACAAUAUGUCCUUAGCAGAAGGCACUUCAGACAACGAGCAUAACAGGCAGGAGGACGAGCAGAACUCACAAACUACUCCCACGGGUACCAAGAAGAAGAACGAUAAAAGACAGAUGUCAGACUCUUACAUGUGGAAGGAACAGAUCCAUACUCUGAUGAAGGGCGGAGAGAGUGAGUCCGAUAUCUCGGACUCCGAACACUUCCUGACUAAGGGCGCAUUCCUCCUCACUCCCUCCCACGGCCUCAGCAUGGAGAAAGCCUCGGCCAUCUGCGAGAAAAUGGAGUUCAAGGGGUGCUUCUCCCUGACGAAGACCGCCACAGGCAUACUAUUUAAAUUCUCCAGUGUUGAUGACUACCAGAUGGUCUUCAAGAAAGGUUUCCAUAAAGUUACUGGAUCCAGGUUUUAUAGGAAGAUUGCGAUACCAUGCAGACCUCAGAAGACGUUUACCAUCUACGUGUAUGACAUUCCCGAUGAGGUCCCUGAGGAGGAUGUGCGUCACGCCCUCUACAAGUUCACCUCCGUCGUGGAAGUGGUCCGUCUCCACUUCUCCGGCUCCCCCAAGGAUGGAAACACUGGCACUUCAACUCCCAAGCCAUUGGAGAAGACUAGCUCUCGUGCCCUCACUACCAUCGAUGGAGAGUUGGUCAGCAGCAUGAUUCCUAAGGAGGCAACCAGUGUGAUUCGCGUCACGCUCGCCAAUAUCGAGGAAGCUAACAUCCUGCUGCAGAAUGGUCUGGACUUCUAUGGCGCCACGUUCUUUCCUACUGAGCUCGCGACGCCGGCCCAGGCUGCUAAGCUCAUCAAGCCCAGCAGUUUGGUUGUCCCCAGGGUCACGGGCGGCACCGUCUCAGCCAGGGUCCGUGAUCUUCUGCCAGUGUUCGACCAGCAAGGCUUCGCCAAGUUCGCCCCACCAGCAUCACGCUUGGUCAAGCCAAGAUCCAAGUAGACGACCGAUACCUCGUCUGUCAUUGCAUGACAUCUUACGAAUCACUGCAAACUAUGACUGCGCUUUUGUUAGAGUCCGCUUGCCAAGGCCCUUCGCUGAGCGCUCGUCACAGAAUAUAAGCGAAAAUUCAUAUUUUUACAGUAAUUAAUGUGUCUGACGGAAACCCAUGCAAUGCAAAAGGUAAAAUGGAAGAAAGCAUUGGACAAGGAAAUCGAAACGAAAUAAAUAACAACAUUAAUAUUUCAUAUUUAGGAUGAUUGUAUUAACAUCAACUAAUAAUGUACAUAAACAUGUUUCAAUAUACAUUGUAUUGUUUUAUAGAAUCCAUGUACUUAAUAAUAUGGCAGACAGUACCAAAAUGCAUUUAAUAUAUUUAACUUAACUAAGUAAUGUGCCAUCACAUAGACACUAUUUUUAUAAUCUGUUUUGUUACCAGUUCGUAAUAAUAAAGUUAUUUUCUACAGUUUGUUCUUUAUUUCAAAUAUUCCCAAACUCUUUGGUGGUUCACCCAUAAAUGUGUUUACUGUAUUACCGAUUACAUAUUAAUUAAUAAGUUUUUAACCUAAAUAAAUUAUGGCUUUUACAUAAGUAGCCGAACACUGGCGCCAUCUAGCAUCUAUAGCUUUAUUAAGAUUUAUUAGACUAAUUCUAAUAUUUAAAUAUUUAUUGGUAAAAUAGGUUACAAUAAUUAUAUAAAAAUAUUUUUGGAAAAGCACCAUCAUAACGUUUAAUACAGAAUAAUAAUUAGAUUAUAAAAAUAUUUUUCAACAUUUUGUCUUCAACAUGGAAUGUUAUAAAAUUUCUCAAAAUAUCUCAAUCAUCCUUAAAAUCAAGUUAUUAAAGUUUACGAAAAUAAUAUAAUAUGGAUUAAGUAUAUUUUAAACUACCAAGUAAUCACUCAAUGUCUUUUAAAAAUAUCAAGAUUAAUGAUCAUAAUAUGUAUAUGAUUAAGUUAUCUUACUUCUCAAUAAUUGUUUAGAUACAAUAGCAAAGAUAUUAAAGUUUUAAUUAAAAUGACUACCUAAAUAUCACAGUCUUUAUUAAAUCGCUUAGAGCGAGCAGCACGUUAUAUUUUGUACAUUGUUCGUCGUCCUAACUUAAUGGCGUGUCUUAUAAAUUAUUAAGGCAAUAUAAAUUCCAAUAUCUUAUCUACACUUUAGGCCCUACAGAUUUCUUGCCAUUUCUAAAUCUCUCCUCAAUUUCUUGCAAACUCUUCCCUUUAGUUUCUGGCAAUAUAAAGUACAUUACAGCCGUACCAAUCAGAGCGACAACUCCAUAACCUAGGAAAGUUAUCACUUCACCAAACGUGCUCAUCAACCCUGGUGCAGUUUUGACAACAAUGAAAAAUGCUACAAACGUCGUUGAUGAACUUAUGCCAGAUCCUAUACCUCGGACCUUCGUUGGGAAUACUUCUCCGCACAUGAUCCAAGGCAAUGGAACCAAUCCUAUAGUUAUAGCACAAAUGUAGAACAUUAGAAACAUUAAUGGCAACCAUGACAUAUUUGCAGGCUUCCAAUAAAGGAACAUUGAUAGGCCGACCAUCGAGAUCGAAGUCCAAAUCCCGCUUAUGAAACACAGAGGUCGCCUUCCAUAUUGUUUACAUAUUACACAAGCGACCACACUCAUAACGACUCUCAAUGAGUCUAUAAUUAACAUGGCAAGGUAAUGAUCGAUACCCUUCCCAACGGCCUUCUCAACAAUCUCGAUGGAAUAAAAUGCGACCGCGUUGACUCCAGAGAACUGGCACGUGCAGAAGAACAAAACCAUGAUAACUAAAGGUUUGAUCAGUUCGGGGUUCUUAAGGCUCACCAGUUUUUCCCUCCACGACAUAGCUGGUGCACUAUCUAAUGCUUUUUUACUUUCAAUGAGUCCUCUUAACUCCUUCUUUGCUUCCUCACCAUACCCUCUUAGCCAAUAGAAAGCUUUAGCACCAUCUUCUAUCCUACCUUGUGAAAUUAACCAGGUUGGACUUUCAGGUACCAAAAAUAGAAGCCCAGCGGUGAUUACUGGGAAUAUGGCACAUAUAGAAGCAGUCAACUUCCAACUGAGGAAUGUUCCGAUGAUAUGGGCGACUAAUAUUCCUAGAGCUAUUGCUAACGAUACUCCAGCAAGGAAAAAUCCUCUAUACUUUGGUUCAGUAGUUUCACCAAUGUAGACAGGGAUGAGAGGGCCAGAUAGACCGGCACAAAGGCCGGAGAAAAAUCUGCCCAUUAACAUGAGUUCGAGGUUUGAGGAGGCAGCGAUGAGGAUCCAGCCGAGUAGAAGAGGUACGCAGGUAAUGAAGUGAGACGUCUUUCUUCCAAACUUCUCCAUCAUCCAGCCGGAGACGAGGCAUCCUGGGGCCAUUGGUAAUGCUGCAAUAGCGG